ACCAGCGGGGGCGCUAACGGGCCAAUUCCAUGUCUACCAGGAAGAAGAAGAAGAAGAAGAAGAAGAAGAAGAAGGGGUUGAGCGCGCGCUCUGUUGGAUCCCGGUGAGGUCUGCGGGAGGAAGUCCCGGUGAAUUAACGAUGCAGUGGAACUCGUCUCUUCUCUCUGUGACUCCAGCUGUGAGCUUCUUAUCCAGAUGUGUCUCCAGAGAGAUUUUGUCUCAGGAGGAAAUAGACUCCGCCUCCUCUGGGCUAAGCCCCGCCUUCUCCUCCCAGCUGCACAUGGCUGAGCAGCGAAUCAGAACGCAGCGACAGCUGGAACAGAUGCAGCUGCAGGUGGAGCUGCUGCAGGUGGAGCAGCGCAGCGCCGACGUGUCUCACAGCUUCUACCUCGCGCCCAGGUUCCAGGUGCUGCAGACGUUCUGCGCUCACCUGCAGCACCUCCUGAAGGAGCAGAGCGCUCUGAGGCGGAGGCUGGCGAGGCCGCUGGGCCGCACCAACCUGCCGCUCCGGGUCCACCUGCACAGGUCUCUGGUGGAGCUGGUGCAGCUGCUGCUGGACUUCAUGGACACGCUGGAGGAGAAGCUGGACGCAGUCCGCCGUGGUCCGGCCCUGGGGGAGGAGCUGGCUCAGCUGGUGGGUCACAUGACGUCAUGGCGCCAUGACCCUGUGAGGUCAUCGUUGACUCUCUCUCUGCUUCAGGACUCUGCUGUCACUCAGCUGCUGGCCCACGUGGUGGAGGUGGAGGGUUUGUCCAGUCGGGUUCUCCAGAGGGAUGACCUCUGACCUCUGGACGAUGACAUCAUCUUUGGACUUGUUUUGAUAAUAAAAUGUGACUUUGGUUUAAUUCAA